CAACUUCUGAAAGGUUUUUGCAAGCUCAUUAAAAAAAAAUUUGUGUUUGAUGUAACUAGUGGAAACCCAUGGCGACCCAUCGUAAGCAAAUGAAGUCACUUUAAAGAAUCGUUCACUUUCUUUUCGGGUUCUUAGAAAAUUAUGAAAAACUCAAUUGAGAAAAACUUAAGUGAGAAAUGUGACGUGUGACUAAUUUUGGACAGAAGAUAACAUUGUAACAUCGGUUUAGAAAGGAUUUUACAAGUAACCUAUUUAUAGAGUUCUUCCUGGAAAAUGGAUUCCUGGCAAUUCGUAUGUAUAGGCUAUAGCAGCAGUGUUAAGUAAGUUUUAGUUUUCAUUCGUAAAACCCCUCAAGCUAAGAACUUCUAUUUAAUAAUGGAGAAAAAUAUGGUCUUUGCGGACGACAUGAUGAGAUGUAUCUCCUCAUUAUGGCAGGAUAAUGAUGAAACAUACUUUGAUUUUGUUGUGCAAGUUGGUUUAAAAAAAUUCAAAUGCCACAGGUUUAUUCUCGGUGCAUGCUCACAGUUUUUUCUUGGUUUGUUCAGGUCAGGAAUGCAAGAAACUGAAAACAAUUGUGUGGAAAUAAAAGAGAUUGGAAGUGACAUUUUUGAACUAAUUCUUAGAGCUAUUUAUACAUCUCAAAAUAUUAUUGAUGAAAUUAACAUCUACAAAAUAUGGCAGGCUACUAAUCAGUUGCAAAUCAAGUUUUUAAUCGAUGCAUGCGAAUCUUUUGUUUUAAGGCACUUAUCUUUAAAUACUUAUGCGGAAACAUAUACUACAGCAAAAUUAUUAGAUUCCCUAGAUGUUUUAGAAAACUGUGUGAAUUUUAUAAUAAAGAACUUUGACAAUUGCAAAAAUAGCGAAACACUUUUAAGACUGACCAAUGAAGAGAUUAUGAAACUUGUAGAAAGUCCAGAUCUUGUAGCAGAGAAUGAAGACUCAGUCCUGACUUACAUUUUAAACUGGAUCAACUUUGACCCUGAUGCAUGUGUUGAAAAUCUAGGUGAUGCAGUGAUGGCCGGAGUUGAAAAUGAGAUUAUAACAAAAUUUACAAAACCUUCAGUGGUAAAAGACACCAUUUUAAAGACCAAAAUGUCUGAAGAUAAAGCUAUUCAAAGUGAUUUUAAAAACAAUAGCUUUCAAGAAAAUAGCAAUGACUUUCCUCAAUACGAAACUAAAAAUCAUAUUGCAAAUGUUAAGGAAGAAGAACAGGAGGAUACAUCUUUAGAUUUCGGUGAAUGCAAAGAAGAAAAGUGUACUAGAAUAAAAAUGCUAAUACCAUUACUUAAGGUAGCUAGAAUAAAUCUAGUCAGUUCAAGUUCUUUAAGAUGGAUUAGUAAAAAUAAGGCAAUUAAAGGUAAUGAUAUAGCAACUGAAAUAGUUUUCAACGCAUCCCUUUAUCAUUCUCUUGGCGGAGAUCAUGGUCAGUGGCCUAAUGGCGCCAAUCACAGAAGGUGUAGCCCGUGGAUAAAUCUUGGUGUUCGUGUCAAUCAAAAUAAUGAGGUCAUAGGAAUAUCUUUUCGGGACAAACAGCGCUUUAAACUCCCACAAAAUACAGAACUUCAACAUCCAGUUCAAAUUACUUCUUAUAAAAAUAAACUUUACAUGGUUGGGCAAAAUGUUUUUAACUUGUAUGUUCUCAAGAACAAAACAUGGCUAAACAUAGGCUCAGCACAGAAAAAACAAAAGGGACCUUCAGUAGUCAGUAUAGAACCUGCUCUAUCAAGACAAGCACCUACAUUUAAUUUUGGAGCUGGAUCCACAAGUUUUUCCAAACCAUUAGUUUCAUCUCCGCAACUAUCAAAUUUAAUGCCACAGUUAUCAACAUCCGUUGAUGCAUUUAAAAAAACAUUGAUUGUUACUGUAGAGCAAUACAUAUAUCUGUUUUGUUGCACAGAUAAAAAAAUAUAUAGAAUGAAUUCGCAAUUACCAGGAGAUUGUUUAACUUAUGAAACCAAAUACCCUACUUCAGAAUUGAUUGAUUAUGCCUCUUCAUACGACAACAAAAUCCUUGUUUUUUACACACUAACAAAAUCAACUGUAGAUGAAACAGCUGUACACUGCUAUGACAUUGUAAACAAAACCUGGAUCAGGCUGAAUAAUUUGGAAGGUUCAGCAAAAAACAUGAUCUGUUUCUCUGAUGAAAAUAAUUUCUUCAUUCUAAAGAGUAAUGGAGACUUGUGGAAAACAGAUUCAUCAAACCAUGACAUGAUUGACUUUACAUUCAUCACUAAACUCUGGGAUUUUGAAUACAAGCUUCAUGGGGCAGUCACUUACUACGAUGAGCUCUUUAUUUAUGGAGAAGAUCUUUUGGUUAAACCAAUUGACAAAAUCUGGCCAACUUCAUGUGCAUUGUUUACAAAAAUACAUGUACUGGGACAAGCAGGUCAAAGCUCUAAUUUUAUUCCUUGCAUCCUCCCCAAAAGUUUGCUGGUCCUGGACUGUGCACUGAAUUUUGAAGGGUGUACUGUAGAGCCCGAAAAUGUAUCCAGAGAAGAGGAUGCCACUGGUGAAGACUGGAACAAACUCUUACUUAAUCAUUGAAGUAAAACACGUGUUUGUGUGUAUCUACUUAUAAGAUUGGAGUAGCUGUAACAUGAAUUUAAAAUACAUUUUCAUAAUUUUAUCAUUAUAUAGUUAACUUAAACUGUGUAUGCAACAAUUUGUAUGUUAAAAAAUUCCCUUCUUUUACAACAACAAAAAUCAUCAUUAUCCAUGUCUCUGUGGACCGACUCUACUGGAGCAUGUGGAGGAAACACACCUCUCGGUCGUACUCGGUAUCAGGUAAUUGACAUUCUGUCAUCUUCUGAUCUUUUAAAAGUUUGUUUCGACCUAACUUCUUUCAUAUUUCCAUGGGGUUUCCAACCUAAAGCCUCUCUGCUGAAGUUGCUAGUUGGUUUAAGCAAAAUGCGUCCAUUCCAUCCUUGUUUGCUUUUUUUACUUCUUUAGAAAUAAGGUUAAGUGCUUAUGGGAUUAGUGUUCUCUGUGAGCAAUAUGUUUGACUAAUUUGUUGUACUAUUUUAAUAGUAUAUCAAUCACUUGAUGCCACAAUUGAAAUAAAACGUGUGCACUUUGCUUAUAUGUAUAAAUGCCUACUCAUAUAAUUUGUUUUAUGAUUUUUCACUUAUCUGUUUCUAAAUUCUCAAAUUGCUUAAUCU